CCACUUCCCCCUUCUCCCCCAGGCAUGAGCCACGGCCCCCAGUACGUCCUGUUUCACGCGGGGGAGCCGGCGUCCCCCGCCCUCAAGUCCUUCGCCGAGACGGGGCGCAGCGAUCUCAUCGACCAGGGAGCGCAGGCGGAGAACGGGGUGCUGGACGCCUUCAACACGCCGCCCAUCACCCAGGGCGUGGGCGUGGUCACGGCGCAGUUCUUCGUCGACGGCAACCACUCCAGGGUGUCGCUCGUGUCCAAGAUCGUUCCUUCACCUGACUGGUUCGUGGGGGUGGACAGCUUCGACCUCUGUGAAGACGGAAACUGGGUGGACAACGUCAAGAUCCAGGUUGACCCUCUGGACGCCGGCACGGACAACGGACUGACCUUCACCUCGCCGGACUGGCCCACCACGCCGCCGGAGCGCAUCUUUCGCAUCACCGCCGACUACCCGAGCCACCCCGCGCACUCCUUCAACUACCCGACGCUCAAGCACCUGCCGCGCAUCGCCACCUUCACCAUCACCAAGGAGAAGGAAUACACCCUGCGGAAGCCCAUGGACGUGUCAGACCCGGCCUCCUACAACGUGGUGAAGCAGGAGGACAUCGCCUACAAGCACUACGGCGACCAGGCGGUCACUGGGCAUGGUGGGCGGGGCCGGGGGCGCGUCGGGGAUGGCCCGCUGGCAGCCCGCACGCCCUCCGUCAAGAGCAAGAGUCGCGUGGCCUUCCUCGCCACACGCAGCUUCUCCACCACCACCACCACCACCACCACCCCGCCCUCCCCCACCACCGCUGACACCCCUUCCACCACAACGGACACCCCCACCCAGGACACCCCAGCCCCCCGCCGCCGCGGCAACCCCCGCAGGACCCCCACUGGCCGCCCCUGGCCCACGGGUGUCACGGAGCCCGGCAUCCACAACGCCCUUACGAACUUCCUGCCGCCAACCAGGACUGGAGGACCCGUCAGGAGGGUCUCCAUCAUGAGCAACUCAGUGGAGGAUGAAGGAAGAGCCGGAAGAGGUAGAGGAAGAGCAGAAGACCUUGAGGAGGAGGACGAGGACGAGGAGGAGGAGGAGGAAGAAGUAACGCGUGUGGAGGGAGGAGGAGACAAGUUUGGAGUGAGUCGCGGCCAUCACGGUCCGGUGGCGCAGAACCGCAUCCCGCCCGGCAACGCCAUGGCGGUGAUCGACGACAUUGUCAAGAACUACCAGAAGGAGCAGAGGAAGAAGAGGAGGAAGCAGCGCAGGAAGCAAAGGCGGGAGGAGAGGAGACGCAGGAAGGGACUUAAGAAGAUACGUCCCCCACGCGACUGCCGGGUGUCUGAGUGGUCCGGGUGGUCGACGUGCAGCAAGACCUGUGGCAUUGGGGAGCAGACCAGGGCGCGGAUCAUCGUCAAGCACGCCCGCCGCGGAGGAAAGGUCUGCCCCGUGCUGGAGGAGACCACGUGGUGCGGCUCCGCGAGGGCCUGCCCCAACAAGAUCUACUUCAACUGGACCUAAGGAGGAGGAGAAGACCUUGGUGGGGGCUACAAGGAGAGAGAGUAAGAGAGAUGUUUUGGUUAGAGGGCUACAGGAAGAAAGAGAAGGAGGGAUAGGUCAUGGUUUUGGCUGGGGCUACUGGAAGACAGAAGGGCAAGUCUGAUUUGAUGCACUUAAGAGGAAAGAGGGGGAAGAAGAGGUAUUCGUUAAGGGUUGCAAAGAAAAGAGGCCUUGAUUGGAAAUUACACAAGAGAAUGACGAAAGAAAAGGGGAUGAAGAAGAGCUAUUGGUCAAGGGCUGCGAAGAAGAGAAGGCUGGGAAAAGUCUUGAUUGGAAGUUUCACAAGGGAAAGAGGAAAGGAAAGGGGAGGAAGAAGUCUUGGAUGUGAAGUGCAAGAUAAGAUCGAGGAAAUCGGGCGUAUCUGAGAGAUGAAAGAAGAAAACUAUACUUGAGUGAAGAGCCCCAAGAGGAAGGGUCCUUUGCUUGCAGGGAAGGGGUGUGGAUGAGUGAGUGCAACCCUCCCCGACUAAGGAAAGAGACGCACAGGAGAGUGAGGCAUCAGGCGCCCCAACACCGAGGAAUGAGUGCCCUCCUCCAAGCGCCUUCCGAACUGCUCGUCUGCUCCACAGGGAUAGAAACUAAAAAAAAAAAAAGCAAUUGACAGUGUAGAAAUUAAUUGAUUGUUACGCAGUUAUCUUCAAUUAAUGGAUGAAAUUGUCUUACUGUACCUGAGGACUUUGUUUGGCUAUUUAUCUUCGUUGUUGUCCUCUUCUGCCUUCCUUCCUUCCUUUCCCAUUAAUAAAAAAAAUAUUCGACUAAAGAAAUCAGUCGAUAUUUACGUAAUUAUCUCCAAACACUAUUUAAUGAGAUUGCCCUUUCUUCCUUCCUUCCCUUUUCUUUUUUUCCUUCCUUAUCCAUCCUUCCUUUCUUCUUUUCGUCCUUCCUUUCUUCCCUCCUUUCACCCUUCCUUCCUUACAUCCUUCUUUCCUUUCUUUCUGUCUCCGUCGUAGAUAACUUCAUAUUCUUCUUCUUCUUCUUCCUCCUUGUGACUUGUGUGCUCAUCUUCCUCCGUCCUAUUUUCCUUCCUUCCUUCCAUCUUCCAUUCAUUCAUUUAUUAAUUCAUUUUUUUCUGCCCUUAUGGAUAACUUCAUGAUUUUCUUCUUGCGACUCGUAUUGUACUCAGUCUUCGUUCUCAUCUUCCUCCACCCUCGCUCCUUCCUCCACCCUCUCUUUUUUCUUCUCUCCAAUCCUUUCUUUCCUUGUCGUGGAUUACUUUAUGUUCCUCUUCUUCCUCCUUGCGACUCGAAUAUUUUACUCAUAGUCUCCGUUCUCAUCUUCCAUCGUCUUUCCAUCCUUCCUUGCUUCCUUUCCUUUCCCUGUGGAGCAAGACGAGAGAGUGAGUGAAGAAGACCCACCGCCCUCCAGCCACCCAGCCAGCCAGGCCGCCUCCGAGUCUGACAUAUCAAGAGUCACGCUGCCGCGCCCCCGGAAGCCGCGACCACGUACCACCACCUCGGAACACAGAGUUGGAUUGCCCGUCGAUGUUCACCGUUAUGUUAGUCCGUGUAGAGGAGCAGAGGCGUUGUUGCGGGCACCGUACUGAAGGCGACGAGAGAGAGAGAGAGAGAGAGAGAGAGAGAGAGAGAGAGAGAGAGAGAGAGAGAGAGAGAGAGAGAGAGAGAGAGAGAGAGAGAGAC